AUGCUGAAAAUUGAGAAGAUAACAAAAAGUUUUCAACAUACCAAUCAGAAAAAGGAAGUAUUUGGAUUUUGCUUGCGAUAGGUACGAAAAAUUUUAUUGCAUAUCAAGUGGUGUAAGGAGAUGUGAAUUCUCAAAUUUAUUGUUAUCAUCUUUAGCAGCUAAUAAGAGCAUUCAAACAUCAUAAUGAAAAAUAAGAGUUUGUGUUGAUUCUUGAUAAUAGCCCUGUGCAUAGAAGCAAACGUAUUCUGAAAGUGAUGAGUCCAGUUUAAUGUUUAUUUUUGCCACUAGACACUCCAUAGCUAAAUCCGAUUGAAAAAGUUUGGAAUAACUUAAAGAGAUUUCUUAUAACAAAUAGAAACUUUUAAUCACCCAAUGUGCAUUACCUCAGACACUAGUUUUUUAAUGGAAUCAAUGAAUAGGACAAUGAAAAAUACUGCCUUUCAGUGCUUUAUCAAUCUGAAAAAAAUUGA